GUGUAGCGGCUCAAGGAUGCAGCAGGGAGGAGGACAUUUACUACCCGCCGUGGACGCGUGGAUGGGGAUCUAACUGAUUUGUCCUGCUGGUGAUUUUAAGUUAUGUAGAAUCUUAACACCUAUGACAGUUUGUCUUCGGAGUAUUGUUGAUUAUUUUCCUGAUUUAGUCCGUUUCUGUCUCGCAGCGGAUUGGAGAUGACAACGCUGAAUAUAAGAGGCAGGUGGGAGAGAGAGAGAGAGAGGGCUGAGAGAGAAGGGAAAAGGGACCGUGUGAUUUCAACGUUUUUCUCCAAAGACAUGUGAAAUAUAACUAACCCUUCGCGGAUGUGUGCUAGCGAAUAACACAUAUAAUUUCCCUGAAUUUUUAUAAUUAUUUUAUUUUUUACCCCUCAUGAGUGAUUAAUUAAAAUAAUGGAUUUCUUGAAUUUCUCCGGGGUGGUGGACGAGCGGAAUACCACAUACACCAACUCCUCGGCUACCGGGGACAGUGAGUACUCUCUCCUCUCCGUAACCGGACUGACGGUAGUCGUGGGCUUCCUCAUCCUGUUUACCAUUGUGGGCAACGUGCUGGUGGUCAUCGCCGUGUUGACCAGCCGCGCUCUCAAACCGCCGCAGAACCUCUUCCUGGUGUCCCUGGCCAGCGCGGACAUCCUAGUGGCUACUCUCGUCAUACCUUUCUCUCUAGCUAACGAACUCAUGGGCUACUGGUUCUUCGGGAAAGUUUGGUGCGACGUCUACUUGGCGUUGGACGUUCUCUUUUGCACGUCGUCUAUAGUUCACCUGUGCGCUAUCAGUCUCGACCGUUACUGGUCGAUCACCCAGGCGAUAGAAUACAACCAGAAGCGGACGCCUACACGGCUAAACGGGAUGAUCGUGGUGGUCUGGCUGAUCUCGGCCGUUAUUUCCUUUCCGCCGUUGAUCACCAUGGACCGGAGCAGCGGAGGGGAGAUCAGUCCUCAGUGUCGGCUGAACGAUGAGACCUGGUAUAUUCUCUACUCCAGCAUAGGAUCCUUCUUCGCUCCCUGCGUUAUCAUGAUACUGGUGUACAUCAGGAUCUACCAGGUUGCUAAGACGCGGACGAGGACCAUGUCGGAGAAGAAGAGAGAGGUGGAGGACAACGGAACUGCCCCGUUGCACGUUAACGGGUUGGGGCAGGGGGGCGAGGAGGAGGGGUGCGGAGGAUCUCUGAAGGAAAAUGGUGGCGGCGGAGGGGUUGCCCGGGAGAACGGGCACUGCCAGAGCCAGCAGAAGACGCAGGUGCCACAGGGGAUGUUACCCAACGAACCCAAAUUAACCCCCGACCCCGACGACGGAGACGACUUUGACGACAGCAGCUCGUCGGACGAAAAACCCACAUCCGCCAAAAAACAUUCCCAUUCCUCUUCCUCUUCCCAUCAGCAUCAACACCAUCACCACCACCACCACCAUCACCAUGACGACAAGAAGGAUUCCAAACCUUCAGAGAGAAGGAAGUCCACAGGAAGCAGGAAGAGCAGCUUGGCUUCGUCCAAACGCUCAGAGAGCAAGAAGUCGCGUGCCAGCUCUAAGUCCAUCGAGCUGUUUUCGUCCCGUAGGAAGCGGCGGAGCACCGUCAACAGGAACAAAAUCACAGCGGCGAGGGAGAAGAGGUUUACCUUCGUCUUGGCGGUGGUGAUGGGCGUCUUCGUGAUCUGCUGGUUCCCCUUCUUCUUCAGCUACAGCCUGUAUGGAGUGUGCCGGGCACCGUGUGAGAUCCCCCAGUCUCUUUUUAAGUUCUUCUUCUGGAUAGGCUACGUCAACAGCUCCCUCAACCCCGUCAUCUACACCAUCUUCAACCAGGACUUCAGACGAGCCUUCCAGAAGAUUCUAGUCUGCAAGUCGGGGAAGAGGUCUUUCUGAACGUGGAUCGUCCAACAGUAUAUACUGUACAGUACAUGGACCUAUAUACAAGUCAGGGAAGAGGUCUUUCUGAACAGACAGGGAUGAGGGCCUAUAUAUGAACAUGGAUGAACCUACAGUAUAUGGAUAUUUUAGUCCAUGACGUUUGACCAGAACGCAGGCAUUCAGAAAAUACUCUGCAAGUCAUGGAAGAGGUUCUCCUGAUGGCGAGUCACAUGGACCCUAAUGCUUUCCCCAAUCACAUGGACCCUAAUGCUUUCCCCAAUCACAUGGACCCUAAUGACCCUAAUGCUUUCCCUAGUCACAUGGACCCUAAUGCUUUCCCCAGUCACGUGGACCCUAAUGACCCUAAUGCUUUCCCCAAUCACAUGGACCCUAAUGACCCUAAUGCUUUCCCUAGUCACAUGGACCCUAAUGCUUUCCCUAGUCACAUGGACCCUAAUGCUUUCCCCAAUCACAUGGACCCUAAUGCUUUCCCCAAUCACAUGGACCCUAAUGCUUUCCCUAGUCACGUGGACCCUAAUGACCCUAAUGCUUUCCCUAGUCACAUGGACCCUAAUGACCCUAAUGCUUUCCCCAAUCACAUGGACCCUAAUGACCCUAAUGCUUUUCCUAGUCACAUGGACCCUAAUGCUUUCCCCAAUCACAUGGACCCUAAUGACCCUAAUGCUUUUCCUAGUCACGUGGACCCUAAUGCUUUCCCUAGUCACGUGGACCCUAAUGCUUUCCCAGUCACGUGGACCCUAAUGCUUUCCCUAGUCACAUGGACCCUAAUGCUUUCCCUAGUCACAUGGACCGUAAUGACCCUAAUGCUUUCCCUAGUCACAUGGACCCUAAUGCUUUCCCUAGUCACAUGGACCCUAAUGGUUUCCCUAGUCACAUGGACCCUAAUGGUUUCCCUAGUCACAUGGACUAGGGAAAGCUAAGAUGCUCUAAGAUUCCUCCCAAUGUGUUCCCAUGUAUUUUUUAUUUAUUGAACCUUUUGUUAUCAGGGAGUCACACUGAGACCAAGGUCUCUUCUACAGAUGAGCGCUUUUGACAAUUGUGCCACAAAUAAGGUGCAAGAAAACUAAAAGCUGAUUUACCUAAGUCAGUAGAGACCAUAGGAAUUUCCAGAGUUAAACCAUCCCUGAGACCAGGUGUAGUAAGUCGUAUGUCUGAAUUUUAGUAAAGAUGUACAGUGGGCCAUUUUUGUAAAAGGGCUUUUAUAAAUGAAAACAUAGCGGUGUAUCAAUCUCUGUGGGCCCAACCAUCUUCCCGGGUUAGAGAAUGCAGCGAUGACAUCACAGAGGGCCAACCAUCUUCCCAGUUAGAGAAUGCAGCGAUGACAUCACAGAGGGCCAACCAUCUUCCCGGUUAGAGAAUGCAUCGGUGACAUCACAGAGGGCCCAACCAUCUUCCCGGGUUAGAGAAUGCUGCGGUGACAUCACAGAGGGCCAACCAUCUUCCCGGGUUAGAGAAUGCAGCGAUGACAUCACAGAGGGCCCAACCAUCUGCCCGGGUUUGAGAAUGCAGCGAUGACAUCACAGAGGGCCAACCAACUUCCCAGUUAGAGAAUGCAGCGAUGACAUCACAGAGGGCCCAACCAACUUCCCAGUUAGAGAAUGCAGCGAUGACAUCACAGAG